GUACCAUAUCAAGGUCCUUUUCAUAUCUUUCUCAUCUCAAUAAACACAUCACCAAUAUAUAUCUACGUCCAUAUUUCUCGUGCAUCCCCAAAGAUCUGCUUGUUUUUCCAAGUCCACCCAUAAGUCUAAAAGUAGUGAAAAAGAGUCAGUGAAGUUGGAAAAAGACACCCAAAAUCAUGGAAAUUGUAGGGAAGUUGCAGAAACAAUUUAUGGAGUACAUGUCAUCUCUAUACCGUGAGGGAUUCUUGGAUGAUCAGUUUCUUCAGCUUCAGAAAUUGCAAGAUGAGAGCAACCCUGAUUUUGUUGUUGAAGUUGUGUCCCUUUUCUUUGAUGAUUCUGAAAAACUUCUCAACAACUUAUCCAUUGCUUUGCAGCAACAGGUUGUGGAUUUUAAGCAGGUUGAUGCCCAUGUUCACCGGUUCAAGGGUAGCAGUUCCAGCAUAGGUGCACAAAGAGUAAAGAAUGCUUGUGUUGCUUUCAAAAAAAUCUGUGAAGACAAUAACCUUGAAGGGUGUAUGCAAUGUAUGCAGCAUGCAAAGCAUGAAUAUUUUCUUGUGAAGAAUAAACUUGAAACUUUGUUUAGGCUGGAGCAACAAAUCCUGGCUGCUGGUGGUACGAUUCCUAAUUUCCUAUCAUAUCUUAGGUGCUAAUACCAUGAAAGGGAUGGCGAGAACAAAAAAAGAUAAAUUAGGGGUUUGCUGCUGCAGAGAGUUUCAAGAUUUUUCAUGAGCUCCUUUGACUGCUAGCUUUUAAUUGUUGAAGGUCUAAAGAAUUUCAUGUGAAUAACAUAUUUAAUCAUCUUUGUUGCUUCAUUUUCAUAGGUUUUCUCGCGAUCUAUGUUAUGUUCGACCUGUCAUUUCUUUGUUUUAUAAACUCAAUCUCACAAUUCAGAUGUUGGGUGAGUGUUUAAGACAGUAUUAGUCAUUUGUAAAACUUCAGAUGACAACCUUAUAAGUACUAUAAAUAGAGGAUUGUGUUUGAUGCCCAA